AUGGCGAAAAAAUCGGUUUCGGACAGAUUGUCGUCCACUAGAUCGGAAAACUCGCUUUACAAUCUUACUCGAAGGUUUUUAAAGCUCAUAAGAAUGUCUCCAGACCGCAACAUAAGCAUCCACCAAGCAUCAAUAGAGCUGAAUGUGGGAAAGAGGAGAAUAUACGACAUAACAAACGUAUUGGAAGGAUUGGGACUUUUGAGCAAAUGGUCUGUAAGCAAUGCAAAAUGGAUUGGAGGAAGUAUUGAUCGAUACAUACUCGACGAUGAGGAGAAGGAGAAUCAGAAGAACGCCUACUUCGAUCCGGAAAACCUCCUAAAGGGGGAUGACCUGGAUGAGACUCUCAGUAGACUUAAUGAAGAGAUCUCUAUGCUUUCUCAAUCUGAGAAGAAUCUUGCAAAUGCAUAUGUUACAUAUUCUGAUCUCCAAAGCCUUCCUUCCUUGGAUGGAAACCUCAUCUUUGCAGUCAAAGCACCUUCUGAGACAACCAUGGAGUACCCAAGGUAUGAAAAGGGCUUCUACAAGCUCAAGUUGAGCUCCGAGCAAGGAGCCAUAAGCAUUUUCUACGUUUCUGAUGAGAAAAGAGAUUAA